AUGUCAAAAAUAUUUAUUAAAAAUAUUCCAAAUGAUGCUAUACCAAGAGAUGUAGUUGAAGCUUUGUCAAAAUAUGGUCCUGUUAUUAAAGUUGACUUGAAAAGGCCAAAAAAUAUGAGAAAUCAGAAUUCUAUUUUUGGUUUUGCAGAAUUUGAGGAAGAAAAUGAUGCAAAAAAUUGCAUCUCAUUUGCAGAUUUUCAUCCUCCGGAUUGCAUGGGAACAUCUUUAUGUAUACUUCCCUUUAGAGAGAAUAAGAAAGGACGAGAGAAAUCUAAUAAUGCGUAUGAGAUAGCUAAAUUUCUUUUAUCAAAUAUUGAAAUUGGAAACUGGGGUGAGCAAUUAUCUACAACGCAUAUGCGUGAAAGAAGAAAUAAUAGCGGUUUUCCAGAACAAUUUACGUUCUUAACAGAAUGGAUAUAUCCAAAUUAUUAUGAAACACCUACGAUAUAUUUUUCAAAGGCUGACGAAGCUUUAAUACUAGAAGGGUUCAAUUUACCGGGCGAAUCUUCAGAAGAACGACGUGUCAAGAUUUCUUUUCGCAGUUUGGCUGGAAACUCGCGUGGAAUUUUUCUUGAUACAAAAAACCAGAAAGAUGGUUCAAUGUCCCUUUACAUCAGUCUAAAGCAACCACCGUACCUUUAUUGCAAAGCUGGCGAGUUGGUUAAAGCAGAAAAAAUGGGUAUUACUUCGUGGUAUCAGGAAGAACAAGAUUUUUGGAUCAGAACUUUUGAUUGGACCGGAAAUGUUAACAUUUUAGGUAGAUGUUUAGUAUAUAGGUUAACCUUUAGUGAUAACCUUGAUCAAUUGCGUGAUGUGCUAAAUAAUUUUGUAAUAAGAGGUGUUCCACGUCCUAUACCCCAAUGCGUGGUCAAAUGUAUUGAAUUAAAUUAUUCAAGGCAUUAUUUUGAUGAAAUAUGUCAAAUAUUGCCUUUUAAAAUUUGUUUUUUAUUAGAAAGUUUAGUGUCUUACGGAAAAUUGACAUUCUAUGAAAUCGAAGAAGAAUUGGGUGAACAAUUAGUUGAAUUAAUUUACUAUGAAAACCAAGAAAUGAUGACGUGGCAUUCACUAAAUCAAAUAUCAACGAAAUAUUGGGAUCCUUUCGAUAAAAGAUAUCAAGAACGUCCGGUAUCAAUUUUUAAAACUGCGCUAAAAAAUUUUUGUGAUAAAUUUAACGUUUGGCGCCCUUCAGAUCCUUUGGCAAAUAAUUCUCGUUGCGUAUGGGUAAACCACGCAACCAUUACUCCAACUAAAAUGUAUUUCGAUGGACCUAAUUAUGAGUCAUCAAAUAGAAUAUUACGCUUAUAUGAAGAUAAAAUAGAUCGUUUCUUACGUGUUUCGUUUAUGGAUGAGAAUCUUGAUAGGCUUUAUGUCAAUAAAUAUGAAAGUAUUGAUAUAAUAAGAAGAAUAGUUACUAUACUAAAUACCGGAAUUUGUUUAGCUGGACGACAUUAUGAAUUUCUAGCAUUUUCGUCGUCACAGCUAAAAGAAGCUUCAUGUUGGUUUGUUGCUUCUGAUGGAGAAUUCAACGCAAAUUUUAUUCGUGAUAACAUGGGAGAUUUCAGCGGCAUUCAGGCUCCUUCAUUAUAUGCAGCUCGAAUGGGCCAAUGUUUUACAAGCACUGUUGGAACGUUGAUUCUAAAUCAAGAUCAAAUAGUAGUUAUUCCGGAUAUCACAAGGAAUGAUUAUAACUUUAGUGAUGGUUGUGGAAAAAUAUCGGAGAGUCUAGCCAAACGUGCAGCGAAAAGGUAUUGGGGAAAAAAGCCAAAAGACAAGGAAAUCCCUUCAGUGUUCCAAAUUCGGUUUGGUGGAUGUAAGGGAGUAGUUGCAGUUGAUCCAAGUCUUGAAGGUGACGUCCUAUGCAUACGCCCCAGUCAAAAAAAAUUUAUCGCACCUUCUUCCAUUUUGGAAAUUGUUAAAACGGUUAAAAAUCCGUUGCCUGGCCAUUUAAACCGACAGAUUAUAUUAUUACUGUCGGCGCUUGGAGUACAAGAUGAUGUGUUCAUUACUCUCCAAAACGAAAUGCGUGCAGAUAUAGACUCGAUGAUGACUAAUGAGGAAAAAGCGCGCGAAAUUGUAAAACGUAAUAUCGGUGUUAUUGAUGAAAGUGGAAUUUUGGAAGAGGGUGAAAUUUUCAUUCAAACUUCUACCAUCGUUUCCGAACAUCAAACAUUUGAUUCGGCGAACAAUAAAGUUCAAAGAGAGCACAAAGUUUGGACGGGUCAAGCUAUGAUUACCAGGAACCCGUGUUUGCAUCCUGGUGAUAUCAGGAAAGUUCAAGCAGUAGACGUCCCUGAAUUAUCCCAUUUAAGAAACUGCGUGGUAUUCAGUCAAAAAGGAGAUAGACCCUUGCCAAAUCUUCUGUCCGGAGGCGAUUUAGAUGGGGACGAAUUUUUUGUUUGUUUUGACGAACGAAUUCGCAUAAACUCGAAUGAAGACCCAAUGAAUUACGAUCCUCCGGAUAGAAAAAUCAUAGAAGAUAGACCAGUCAAAAUAUCCGACGUUUGUGAUUUUUUUAAAGAUUUCAUGUUGAAUGAUCGUCUUGGUCAAAUCGGAAAUCUUCAUUUAGCUUUUGCGGAUCAUAGUAUAGGCGGUGUUAGAUCUGAAGAAUGUAUUAAACUAGCCGAACUGCAUUCAAAAGCAGUAGACUUUAAUAAAACGGGAGUUCCAGUAGACGAUAGUCUACCCUCCAUCAGUAAAUAUCCUGAUUUUAUGGAGCAUAAAUUCAAAGAAUCAUAUCGAUCCGGAAAAAUACUUGGACGAUUAUAUCGCAAUAUCAAAAUAGAUAAACCGAAUAGUGACCCUUUACUAAAAUAUAAUGCAGAAGACAUAGCUACAAAUGAAGAUUUUAUGUUUGAUGGAUUUGAAGAUUAUAUUGAUGAGGCCAUCGUUUUUCGGGAUAAUUAUAAUGGUGAAAUUCGUAAUCUUAUGAAAAAGUACAGAGUUAAGACGGAAGCGGAGAUUUUAACCGCACAAUUGUUGGGAUACAAACGGACAGAUGGCAGAAAAAAGCAAGACAUACGGGAAGCGAUUGCCGGCACAAUAUCGCAUAUCAUUCAUAAUUAUCGAAAAAGAUUCUUAAUUGGAUUGACUCAGGAUACCAAUGAUGAUAAUGAUUCGGAUGAUACCACACCUUUUAGUUUAUAUAUACCGAUUCCAAUAAACGAUGAAUCUAAAGCAAAAGCUUGCGCGUGGUAUCACGUAACUUAUAAUCAGGAAGAACAUCCUGAUCGAGGAGGCAAGACUUGUCUAUUGAGUUUUCCAUGGGUUGUAGCAGAUGUGUUAUUAGAAAUCCGUAUCGACAAACACCUGGAAAUGAUGUCGAAUUUGAUCAGAGAUUUAGAUGUUUCAUCUUUGGAAAAUUAUAUUGGAUAG